GUAAAAGAAUUCUAUUCAAAAAUCAAAACAGCGUCCCGAAAUUCAUUCUUUGCAUUAAAUUAAUGAGUCGGUUUCAUUGUUGGCAGUGCCACGAAAGAUGUUGACAGCACAACUCUUCCGCGGGGUGCGAACUUCCGGUGCUGAUCAUCCUCCCCUUUUCGGCCUUUCUUUGAUUUCCCCCUUCUUCCCCGCCGUAUCUUGCGCGAUCUCUCAACGAUAAUCACGCCGAACGUUUCCUGAUUCUCCAUUUCCUCCUUCGACGGCCGGUUCUGCUUCAGGAAACAUGAUUAUCUGAUCGCAGUUGCUCUUUAGUUGUCGUUCAGCAUAUUGGAAAGGGAAAGUUAAAAGGUACUCCUGUUUGGUUUGAAUCGUAUUCUUCUCGGAGUUUUUUGUGUGUUAAGGUUGACAAUGUUUUGAUCAUUAAUUUCCUGUUUCUUAUUCAUGGAAUACUGGUAUUCUGUUUUGUGAUUUAUGCUAAUGAUUUAUGAAGUAUGGAGUUCUGUGUAUACUGGAUGCAAGGAGGGAACUUUCUUUGUUACUGUGAGAGCUAGUUUGGUAGGGGCCAUUUGUCUGAAGUGGUUGAAAUUUGCUGAAUACUUUGAAAGCAAAAGUUUUGGUGGCAUCUAUUUCACCCAAUCAAAAAUUCAAACGCUAAAUAUUAUGAUGAUAAGCAGUAUAACAUGUAAACUAAAAUCUCUAUAUAUUUGGAUCAUGUGUACCACAAAGAAUUCGUUGUAUUAUGGCCAUUUUCAUUUUUCUAGUUGACCAUCCCAUUUAACCACUUUUAGUUUUUUGUCUGCAAAGUGUACCAAAUGUAAUCUGUAUGGAUUCCAGUACUUCUCCAGUUUUUACCAUUUUGGCCAUACUUAACUGUUGAUCAUGUGUUUAAAACCAUGAUUGGGAAACUGUUUUGUGCUGUUGUGUACCUACGUUGUCUGAGCACUUAACUAUUUUAGCAUUUUCUUUGAAUUGUUUAUCUUAUGGAUGAGGUCUUGUGCGUUGCCUUGUGGCACAUUGUUUUCCUAUAUGACUAGGUAGUCUAGGUUUGCAUUUUCUUCCAAGCAUAGACAAUUUUAAAAUUUCUUAAUUAGUUCGUCUAUUUUACUACAUCUCUCCCGGAAUAGGGACUAAUCUAAUGAUAAAGCAUUCUACGCUACUCCAUACACUUUUUGCACAGAAGAGUAUUUAUUUUUUUUGAAAACAGAUAACUUAAUAUUUAAUAGAAUUGUAGGCCAGAUACAAAGUUGCCAUAACGAAGGCUAUAAUGGGGUGAGACUCUGAGCUGGACUCGUGCAUACAAGCAGACCAUCUCGCUAACCCCGCAACGUGGUAGACUCCAUACGCAGCAAUGCUGCACCUGCUACUAGGAGGGGAAGUAAAAAACAAAACAAUGUUCUGAACUGAAUAAGAAACGGGAAAAUAACAUAAUCCAGUUUGACCAGCCACUGGCAAGGGAGCAGCGGUUUGACCAGCCCCCGCUAAAGGAGCAACCUUCAAGUCUUCGCCCUUUACCGCUACUGGCGGUGCUGUCCAGUCAACACCGUCACCUCCAAGUUUUUUGAAGACGCGUUAUCUACAUCCAUAUUCGCCAGUGUUCCCAUCUCGCUGUCAGUCCCAGUGACCUGACGCUUCCUGGGUGCAUCUCCCGAUGUAGUAGUCUCCUUCCCCUUCGUCAGAAGGCCCUCCACCAAAUAACUAUCCUGACCCCUUAUUUCUUUGUCACCCUCCCCAAAGCUUCCUUUACUAUCACCCCGUUUAUUGUUACUAGGAAUGAGCCAUCUAUUCCCCGGGUGCAUUCCUCCACGCCUCAUGUCAGCUCUUAGCCACAGCCCAUACGGUUUCUCUUCUAUCCCCAGCCCGCUAUGUGGAUUGGAUGGGCAAAAGCGGUCAGCAUGGCCAAGGAUCCCACACAGAAAGCAGAAAUUCGGGAGUCUUUCAUAUUUAAAAUUUGCCCAAGUCCAUCCAUCUCCCUCCUGUCUAACAUGUAGGCGUCGGACUAAAGGCACAGUGACAUCCAGAUUGACUCUUAUGCGCAUAACCAAUCUUUGUUUACCUCCUGAAGAGCUUUCAUCCAAUUGCACAAAAGAACCUAUACUGUUGGCUAUGCCACGAGCUGCUCUAGCUGUCAUAUAACUAAGCGGUAAAUCAUGAACCUGAACCCAGAAGUCUGCGUGAUCAAGGGCAACCUUUAACGGUUUGUCGAUACGCUCCAGCCGUCUAAUAACCACUAAAUUCUGCUCAAAAGACCACGGUCCUUCAUCCACAACUUUGUGCAGAUCUCCUUCGUGAUAGAACUGCAAAAGGAAUUUGGAGUCCGCAAUUUCAUCAAUCUAGACUCCUUUCACAGGUCUCCAUACCAUAACCAUAGUCUGGGAAAAGGAAAUGGCACAGAAGAGUAUUUAUAUUGACUUUGUUUUCAUAUUUUUUACGGAGUAUUUGAUAAGAUAGUAACAGAAUGUAAUGUAGAGCCCGUUUGGUAGCACGAAAAUCGGUUGAUUUGGCUGAUUCUGCUAAAAUUUAUGAAGUUCUGGCUGAAGUGGCUUCAUUGGCUGAUUCUACUGAUUUAAGAAAAAAAAUAUUUAAAAUAUAUUUUAUUAAUAAAAUGAAGAAAAAAUUAUAUGUAAAAAUAGCUUAAAUGAUCAUCUAGAGUAAUUUCACCCAACAUAACCAGAAAAGUAACUCCAACCUUACUUUUUCUGCUUAUUACACAAUUCAACGUGCAAAAGCAAAAGUUACGUGUUUGGUGAAAAAGUUGGCUGAUAAGUAGAAAAACAGUGUUGCCAAACGGCCUCGUAGUCAAAUGUGUGUCAUGCAAAUUUACCCAAAAAAAAUUAUUUGGCUAUAUUUGUCGUCUACAAAAUUACAGUGACGAAGAAAUAUUAUUAUAUGAUAGGCCACUUUUGAACCCUGUUUGGUUGCUGAAUUGAUAAUGCAACCUUUUAAGUAAAGUAACCUUUUAUUCUAUGAGGGGUGGGUGCGAACAAGAGUUAUUGUCGAACAAAAAGGGCAUAGAAUCAGAGCCUUUUCUUAUGUACAUUAUUCUUAUUGCUUUAUAUUCUUAUCCUAUAUAAGAUGCUCUUAACUUCUUAUUGGAAUAUUGCUUGCUUGUUUUUCUGAAAGAUCAUUUACUUCAAAAUUGUAUCUUCAAGAUUCCCUCUUAAAAUCCCAGGCUAUAUGUUCGUAACUAUUAAUUUGAAGCCGUUUUCUAGUUUUAACCACCCAACCUUAUGGAGGGGAAGGGACUAUUAUCAUUUAUUGCAAAGUUCUAUUCAGUCUGAUAUUCAAAGUGUUGGGUCAUUGCCAAAUGUAUUUAAUGUGCCACAAGAGUGGAUUGUAAUUAUAAAAUCCAAUGGCUGGAAUACCUAAUACUUCGUAUAUUAUUAAGUCUAUAUGACUAUUUACGUGAGAUGAUAACAUUUUCUAAUGUUUCCAGGGAUUCUUGACAAUUGAAUUUGCUCGAGUCAAUUUAUGUUUGAUGGCUGAAGAUAUUGCCAAUUCAUCACUGACCUCAGAAACACUUGUAAAGAAUGAGCUUGAGAGGACAAGCCCCAUCAUAAGCAGCAAUAAGGAAACGGGACAUUUGAGUACUAAGCAUUCUGUUUUUGCACCUGGUAGCUUAAGCUCAAGAAGAAGCUCUACUGGGAAACAAAAUUGUCGUUCUGAUAGUGAUCAUACCAUCGUUCCCAACUAUCUCAGAGCUUCUACUGGUUCUUGCCAUGAUUUCUGUAAAUACGGAAGGAAUCACUCUUCUGAACCAAAACCAAUCCGUCCUCUGCUACGAAGACCCAAAAAACCUCUGAAUCAGAAGCUGAUUCCUGCAAUGGCGUCAGGGACUAGUGUGAGUGGGGCCUGCGAUCCUGAAGAAACCCACUCUCAAGCACCCCCAGAAAUAAUCAAAGAUGUAGUCUUUUUGCAGCCUGAGGAAGUUGAUCCUUCACCAGUGCAAGAUACCUCAAGCAACAAGAUGACACCAAAGACGGAAGGGAAAACAAAAAGUAUGUCACCAAAAGACCAUCCAUCCAAGUCACUAAAACAACCAUCUUCCUGUAAGCCUCUAGAAGGUGUAAAGCCAGGUUCGGGAGGAAAAGGUGAUAUUAUCAGUUGUGAAAGAGUUAGGGACACCAAACAUAGCAGAAAGAUAGUUGUGAAAGCCCCAACUGCUUCAUCAACUUCAAAGCCUUCUGUCAGGGAAGCACUAAAUCUGAGAAAGCGGGUGAGUUUGACCUUAAAACCAGCAAAGACCCAUAACAGAAUGGGGGAAACUGAUGUCGAAGCUGAAGAAAAGGUCUCUGAGAAAACACUGCAUGUCGUCCAGAUGGAAAAUGUGGACCCUGCUCAAGAUGAUGAAAUUGUUGCUUCGCUUUCUUCACCAUCAUCUUUAUUGUUGCCCGAAUCUUCAUCUGCUUCACACUCUCCAGAUUCAUACAUAGAAAGUAAUCCAAGCAAGACCUUGACCAAGUCCAAGAAGCCAGUUCUCCCUAAACUUGAUGAUGCUCCACCAUCUGUAAAACCAAAAUUUAGUAGGGGCAAGAUUCGUGAUACAGCGAAUGAAAACAAUAGUCCAAAGAGAUUAAAAUACAGCAAGGAAAAGAUUUUGAGUAAAAAGAGAGAAGACGCCAAUGUGGAGGUGGUUAAAGACAAUAUGACGGAGUCUGACCAUCAUAAUCACAUUAUCUCGUCCUCUGAAAAUAGAGAUGGCAAGAACAUACCUGCAAGCACUAAGGGAGCUAAAAGCAUGGGAAGAAAUCAAAUCAUGGCUUCUAAAAGGGGAACUCUCAUUGCUACUAGAGUGGAAACUCCUUUACCAGUGACACUAAAGUUUAGGAAAGGAACCGUGGUGAAUCUCCAUCAAGAUAUCAACAGUCCGAGGAUACUAAAUUUUAGGAAAGGGAGGAUUUUGAGGAAAAAGCGAGAAGAUGGCAAUGUGGAGGUGGUUAAAGACAAUAUGAUGGAGUCUGUUCAUCAUGAUCGCAUUAUCUCGUCCUCUGAAAAAGGAGACAACAAGAACAUAUCUGCAAGCAGUAAGGGAGCUAAAAGUGUUGGAAGAAAUCAAAGCAUUGCUUCUAGAAGGGGAACUCUCAUUGCUACUAGAGUGGAAACUUCUUUACCAGUGAAACUAAAGUUUAGGAGAGGAACCGUGGUUAAUCUCCGUCAAGAAAUCAACAGUCCAAGGAGAUUAAAUUUUAGGAAAGGAAAGAUUUUGAGGGAAAAUCAAGAGAGCAAUUCGGAUGGGGGAAAAGAUAAGGCUGUGGAGUCUGUUCAUGAGCAAGAUGAUACAGACAGGUCUGGAGUUGCAACCAGUAAAGGAGGAGAUGACAAGAAAAUAGGUGCAAACAGCAAGGAAGUGAGUCCCCAACAUGAAACCAAGAGGUCUGGUUCUGCGAAGGUAGGGAGAGAUUCAAGGGGGAACCAAGUGAACAAGAGUGGUGAUGCAAGGAGGAGAAGUUCAAAGAAGAGAGUUGAGGGUGGAGAAAAUAGCAGUGAUAUGAUGGGCCCGGGGAAGGUGAUUUUGAGGCAUCAUGAAGAAGUCGAGGGGGUGAAGAAAGAUGGGCAGGGUGUAUUACUCAAUAAUGUGAUUGAAGAGACGGCAAGCAAGCUUGUUGAGAGCAAGAAGAGCAAGGUUAAGGCUUUGGUUGGAGCUUUCGAAACUGUGAUUUCUCUACAAGAGAAAAAGCCCUCUUCUGAUCAUUCCAUUUCUUGACAGGAAACAAAAACUUUGUUUUACCACUCUUCAUGUUUUACUGAAUAUACUCAUUGAAGUUUGUUUUACUGGUACUUUAUCAAUGUUUCUGCACCCUUUCGUGCUGGUAUAGUAGUAUAUCCACUCAAGUCCUUUUUUUUCUUGAAAAAAAGGAGUGUUCAUAGAUAAAGAAUAUGUUGAAAGGUACGGGGAUUUGAAGUGUGGAUAAAUGCAUUAUUUGUGGUAAUAGCUCCAAUGAUUGUGUGUGGCG